AUAAAACGAGGUGCUACCAAGAUCUGUACAAUAUCUUCAUCAUAAGCAGAAAUGAACGAAAUUGUCUUAAUUUUUAUUACAUUUUCUCUAGUUACGGCUCAGCUUACAUCCUCUGAAGACGUAAGGAUUGUAGGAGGGCAUGAAGCUCCACGAAACUCCUUACGAUACCAAGCCGCUUUGAGACUUCUUUACGAUGGAACAUCAAGUUUCUGUGGAGGAUCUCUUAUUACUAGAAGAUACGUGCUAACAGCUGCACAUUGUUUGAACGAAGAUGGCCUAAUAUCAUUGGAAGUAAUACUAGGAGCACAUAACAUUGGUCACAGAGAAUCUACCCAACAACGCAUUCUAACAUCCACAUUCAAAUUCCAUGAAGGUUAUAGUGACGAAACACUAGUAAAUGAUUUAGGCAUCGUCUAUCUUCCAACACCAGCCAAUCUCAAUCAGUACGUUCAACUGAUAACACUUCCGAGUAGAGCCGAUGCUUCAAACAGUUUCGUAGGAUCUCAGGCGAUAGUAAGUGGAUGGGGAUACAUUUCUCAGUCUGCUACCGAUAUCACUGACGUAUUGCGAUAUGUCAAUGUAUAUAUUAUAUCAAACGACGUGUGCAAGCAAACGUUCAAUUCGUUCGUUAGAAACUCAAACAUUUGUUCUGGAGGAGUGGGCAAAAAAGGGGUUUGCUUUGGAGAUUCAGGCGGGCCUCUUGUUGCCAGUGGGAAAUUGGUUGGUGUAAUUUCGUUUAUAAGCAAUGGUGGUUGCGAUGCUGGGGAUCCAAACGUCAUGUCAAGGGUAUCAUCAUUUUUAGACUGGAUCGCAGCAAAUAGUGAUGCUGUUAUUUCUUAAGCAACUGAGUUCUUCACUGAAUCAGAUAUUGCAAAUAAACGAUUAUUGCUAUUGAAUGCAACGUUA